GCUUAAAAAUAUUGUUCAUAAGAAUUAUCAAUUAACAAUGGACCGAAAGAAUGUAUUUUAAGCCUCUGAAAAAGUGUUGAAGAAAGAAAUUAAGUGUGUGUUUACACUAAUUAAGAUGUGUACAUUGUACCUAAGUGUGUGUUUUUUUGUCGAGGAAAUAAAUUUUGUUGAUCUUUUCGUAGAUAAAUGAGAAUGCCAAGUUCUGAGGAGUGCAGUAUUAGAACUUUAGAAGUAGGAGGGCAACAAAAUAAAACUUUGGUUGUUGUGAAUUUGUAAUUCAUAUAUGUUUAUGGUACAUGUAGGCAAAUUAUAUGAGGGAAUUGGCGUGAAAAAUCUCUAGUUUAUAUAUAAGUUAUAACAAUUGGGAGUUAGGACAGAAGAUAAAAAAAAAUUGGGAUUUAGGACUUUCAUAACAUAAACUUUUUCUUUUCUUUAAAGGGCAUUUCUGAAAAUAACACAAGAGAAAAGGUCUAUUAGUAAAACUAUUGCUAUAUAAUACCAUUCAUGUAACCAUUUCCUUUCACCAUACACCAAACAAAAAUAAUCAAAACAUAACAAAAGGUUAUAAGAAAAUAUGAAGACAGUAAAGAGUUUACCUCUUUUAGCUAUGCUACUCGGUGUCAUAAUUGUAGCCGCAGCCAUCUCCACCAUCUCCGUCGAGGGCCGUAAACAUCACGUCAAGAAGAUUAAACCCAAACACCGUCGUCAUUCCAAAAACACCCCUACCGGCUCACCGGCACCAGCUCCUUACCCGUCCACCCACGAGGGCGUUUUCAACAUUAUCUCCUUUGGUGCCAAGGGUGAUGGAGUCUCCGACGACUCAAAGGCAUUGGUAAGAGCGUGGAAGGCGGCUUGUGAAGUUGUCGGAGGGAAGGUGGAGAUUCCGGCAGGGAAACAGUUUUUGGUGAAGGCAGUGACACUGCAAGGGCCGUGCAAGGAGGAGACGGUGGUUCAAAUAGAAGGAACCUUAGUGGCUCCAGAGAAGAUAGGGUCAUGGCCUAAGUCAAGCUUGUUUCAAUGGCUUAACAUCAAAUGGGUCAGUCAUGUGACCAUCCAAGGCUCAGGGACUCUUAACGGUCGUGGCUCUAACUGGUGGAACUUAGACACUUAUCAAAUUCAGACAAGAAAUAAGUAUAUCCCACCAAUGAAACCAACGGCACUUAGAUUUUAUGCAGCUCAUAACGUGACAGUCCGUGAUAUAAGUAUCGUGAACAGUCCACUGUGCCAUUUGAAGUUCGAUGAUUCCGACGGAGUCAAAGUCAACAACAUAACGAUUUCUUCGCCGGAGAACAGCCCUAACACCGACGGCAUCCACCUCCAGAACACACGUAACGUCGAGAUUCAACACUCUAACAUCGCUUGUGGAGAUGACUGUGUAUCCAUUCAAACUGGUUCCUCCAAUGUACAUAUUCACCACAUCAAUUGUGGCCCUGGCCAUGGCAUUAGCAUAGGUGGACUAGGGAAAGAUAAGAGUGUGGCAUGUGUUUCUGAUAUCAUUGUAGAGGAUAUCUCUAUACAAAACACUCUUGCUGGUGUUCGAAUCAAGACUUGGCAGGGAGGAUUAGGAGUCGUCAAGAACCUAACAUUUUCGAACAUUCAAGUAACGGACGUGAAGGUACCGAUAGUAAUAGACCAAUAUUACUGCGACAAGUCCAAGUGUAAGAAUCAGACCCGUGCUGUGUCGAUUUCCGGUAUUAAAUACAACAACAUUGUCGGUAGUUUCACGGUGCAACCAGUACGUAUCGCAUGCAGCAACAACGUGCCAUGCAUGGACGUGGAUCUUAUGGAUAUAAGGCUAAGACCUUCCGGAGGAAUCAGAGGGUUACAAACUCAUCAGCAACAACAAGCUUUGUGUUGGAACUCGUACGGCAAAACACAAGGGCCUUUGGUUCCUUCAAGUAUUGGCUAUUGCUUGAGGAAGAGUAAUAUUGGUGGUUAUUAUUCACAAAAAGUUUCUCGGUCCUAUGACAAGAUUUGCCCUUCAUAAAAGUAUAAAACCUUAAAUCGAAAUUCAAUAUUUAGGUUUUCGGCUAGAGGUCAUCAGAUAAAUUCUAGAUCAGUAAUGCCAUGCAUCGAUUCUAGGUAUCUAUGUUUUACUAUAUUUGCUAUUUAAUUUGUGUUUAUUUUGGGA